UCAAUGAAUCGGUGAAGAUAGUGAAUGUCACCUAUGAGAAAAUCUCAGAAACCUCCUAUGCUGUGGUCUUUACAUUUAACGUGAUUAACAUCAGCAUGCCAGAGGACCCUGUGUCUAGAGGCAACACCAGCCAGAAAGUUCAGGAUACCAUCAAUAAUGCGCUGAACACUCUUCUGAAUGAACCUGGCAGUCCAACUUUACAACCCAAAACCUCCAACUUCACGAGCACUUCAAACCAGAUUAAUGGCAGGAUGGGAUACAGCUUCCAGAAUGGAGAUGUCAUACAACCAGUCAGCUUCCUCAAUGAGCUACGUCUACCAACCACUACAACAGUGUUUCCAGUCACAACAACCAGUGUUUCUGUUACUACUCCAAAACUCAUAUCUGGUUCAGCUGUGGUCACAGGCAAGCUGGUGUUCAACUCCUCAUCUCCAGUGCCCAGUGAAUCUCUGGUCCUCAGUGCUAUCAAUACUCUCCGUCAUUCCAGAGAGUCACAGCUCAAUGAAUCGGUGAAGAUAGUGAAUGUCACCUAUGAGAAAAUCUCAGAAACCUCCUAUGCUGUGGUCUUUACAUUUAACGUGAUUAACAUCAGCAUGCCAGAGGACCCUGUGUCUAGAGGCAACACCAGCCAGAAAGUUCAGGAUACCAUCAAUAAUGCGCUGAACACUCUUCUGAAUGAACCUGGCAGUCCAACUUUACAACCCAAGACCUCCAACUUCACGAGCACUUCAAACCAGAUUAAUGGCAGGAUGGGAUACAGCUUCCAGAAUGGAGAUGUCAUACAACCAGUCAGCUUCCUCAAUGAGCUACGUCUACCAACCACUACAACAGUGUUUCCAGUCACAACAACCAGUGUUUCUGUUACUACUCCAAAACUCAUAUCUGGUUCAGCAGUGGUCACAAGCAAGCUGGUGUUCAACUCCUCAUCUCCAGUGCCCAGUGAAUCUCUGGUCCUCAGUGCUAUCAAUACUCUCCGUCAUUCCAGAGAGUCACAGCUCAAUGAAUCGGUGAAGAUAGUGAAUGUCACCUAUGAGAAAAUCUCAGAAACCUCCUAUGCUGUGGUCUUUACAUUUAACGUGAUUAACAUCAGCAUGCCAGAGGACCCUGUGUCUAGAGGCAACACCAGCCAGAAAGUACAGGAUACCAUCAAUAAUGCGCUGAACACUCUUCUGAAUGAACCCGGAAGUCCAACUUUACAAGCCAAGACCUCCAACUUCACGAGCACUUCAAACCAGAUUAAUGGCAGGAUGGGAUACAGCUUCCAGAAUGGAGAUGUCAUACAACCAGUCAGCUUCCUCAAUGAGCUACGUCUACCAACCACUACAACAGUGUUUCCAGUCACAACAACCAGUGUUUCUGUUACUACUCCAAAACUCAUAUCUGGUUCAGCAGUGGUCACAGGCAAGCUGGUGUUCAACUCC